AGGUGGCUGAGAUGGGCUUUCCUCUAGGCUGGUUGAGUGCCUCCCUGUGGCUGCUGCUGUGGGGGGUCCGUGGCAGCCUGGGCCGUGCCCUGGGGGUGCCGGUGGUGAACGUGGCUGUGGUAUUCGGUGGCUCGAGCUACCAGACAGAGAUCAAGGGCCGGCUGAGCCGCGAGAACUUCCUGGACCUGCCUCUAGAGGUGAACCCUGUGACCGUCAUCGUAAACGAAACCAACCCCCGUGCCCUGCUUACCCACAUUUGUGACACAUUGGCCAACGCACACAUCCAUGGCCUGGUUUUCGAGGACAGCAUCGGCACUGAGGCCGUGGCUCAGAUAUUGGACUUCAUCUCCACCCAGACCACCGUCCCCAUCGUAGGCAUCAGCGGGGGCUCAGCCGUGGUGCUCACACCCAAGGAGAGCGGCUCCACAUUCCUGCAGCUGGGCGCCUCCAUCGAGCAACAGGUCAGUGUGAUGUUCAAGCUGAUGGAGGAGUAUGACUGGGGCACCUUCGCCGUCAUCACCAGCCUGUACCCUGGCUACACCAGCUUCAUCGAACAUGUUAAGGACUUCACUGACACCAGUUACUUCCUGUGGGACCUGCAGGACAUCCUCUCUUUUGAAAUGUCUCCGGACGGCAGCACGCGGGCGCGCCGCCUCCUCAAGCAACUGGACGCCCAGGUUAUGAUGGUGUACUGCUCUCACGAGGAGGCCCAGUACCUGUUCAGCGUGGCGGCUGAUGCAGGCUUGGUGGGCCCUGGCUACAUCUGGAUCCUCCCCAGCCUGGCGGUGGGCAGCACGGACACGCUGCCCUCCGAAGUCUUCCCUGUGGGUGUGAUCAGUGUGAUGAGUGACCGCUGGAAGAUGAGCCUGCGGCAGCGAGUGAGGGACGGGGUGGCCAUCGUGGUGAAGGGGGUGCAAAGCUUUGUCAAGCAGCGCGGCUAUGUUCCCCAGGGGCACACGGACUGCCGCUCGCCCUCCAGCUCCACGCUGAGCAACAACACCUUCUACAGACACAUGCUCAAUGUAACUUGGGAACACAAGGACUUCACCUUCAACAGUGAUGGUUACCUGGUGAGGCCUUCCAUGUUGGUCAUCACCCUGAACAGAGAACAUGAAUGGGAAAAGGUCGGAACCUACGAGGAGGGGAUCCUGGUGAUGCGCUAUCCCGUGUGGCCACGCUACGGGACCUUCUUGGAGCCUGUCUCAGACAACCGGCACCUGACCGUGGCCACGCUCGAGGAGCGGCCCUUUGUGAUCGUGGAGAACGUGGACCCUGUGACUGGGACCUGUGUGAGGAAUACCGUGCCCUGCCGCAAGCAGUCCAACCGUACAGAGAUCUUCGUGGGCCUUACCGAGCCCUACACCAAGCUGUGCUGCAAGGGUUUCUGCAUCGACAUCCUCAAGAAGCUGGCCAGGACCGUCAAGUUCACAUACGAUCUCUAUCUGGUCACCAAUGGCAAGCACGGCAAGAAAGUACGGGGGAUCUGGAACGGCAUGAUUGGAGAGGUGUACUACAAGCGUGCCGACAUGGCUAUUGGCUCCCUCACCAUAAAUGAGGAGCGCUCGGAGAUCAUCGAUUUCUCCGUGCCCUUCGUGGAGACCGGGAUCAGCGUGAUGGUGGCCCGGAGCAAUGGCACUGUCUCUCCAUCCGCUUUCCUAGAGCCAUACAGCCCUGCAGUGUGGGUGAUGAUGUUCGUGAUGUGUCUCUCUGUCGUCGCAGUCACAGUGUUCAUCUUUGAGUACUUCAGCCCCAUCGGGUACAAUCGCAACCUCAUCAGUGCAAAGGACCCAGGAGGCCCCACCUUCACCAUUGGUAAGUCUGUCUGGCUGCUCUGGGCACUGGUGUUCAACAACUCAGUCCCCAUCGAGAACCCUAAGGGCACCACCAGCAAGAUCAUGGUGCUGGUGUGGGCCUUCUUUGCUGUCAUCUUCCUGGCCAGCUACACUGCAAACCUGGCGGCCUUCAUGAUCCAGGAGCAGUACGUUGAUACCGUGUCCGGACUAAGCGACAAGAAGUUCCAGAAGCCCCAGGAGCAUUACCCACCAUUCCGCUUCGGCACGGUGCCCAACGGCAGCACGGAGAGGAACAUCCGCAGCAACUACCCGGACAUGCACUCCCACAUGAUCAAAUACAAUCAGCGUGGGGUUGAGGAUGCUCUUAACAGCCUCAAGACAGGGAGGCUGGACGCCUUUAUUUAUGACGCGGCUGUGCUGAACUACAUGGCUGGGAAGGAUGAAGGCUGUAAGCUGGUGACAAUUGGUAGCGGGAAGGUGUUUGCUACCACGGGCUACGGCAUCGCUCUACAGAAGGAAUCCAAGUGGAAGCGCUCUGUAGACCUAGCCCUACUGCAGUUUCUGGGAGAUGGGGACACCCAGAAGCUGCAGACAGUGUGGCUGACAGGAAUCUGCCAGAACGAGAAGAACGAGGUGAUGAGCAGCAAGCUGGACAUUGACAACAUGGCAGGCGUCUUCUACAUGCUGCUAGUGGCCAUGGGGCUGAGCCUGCUGGUGUUCGCCUGGGAGCAUCUCCUCUACUGGAAACUGAGACACUCUGUGAGCAAGUCCGACCGCCUCGACUUCCUCCUGGCAAUCAGCAGGGGUAUUUACAGCUGCUUCAAUGGAGUGGAAGAUGUGGACGGUCCUCUCAAUAUCCAGAAUCCAGACGUAACCACUAACUACACCCAGGCCAACAUGCUGAAGAUGCUGCAGACUGCCAAGGACAUCGUCUCCUCUGCCAAGAUGGAGAACUCCCUGGAGAAUGCCACCAAGACCAUCGAGAACUGGAGCAGGAGGAGUGAGAACUUCAAGGGGGGCAUUGCAACUAGAGUGCCCCAGGUGGUCACCUCUGACAUGGCUGUCUGCACACACCGACUCCCUAACAUAUCCAGCAUCACUGAUAACCACACUCCAUUCUCACAGAGAGCCCUGACGCCCACACUGACCGUACAUUCUGCAGAGAACCCCAGCCUACCACUCCUGGAGAAGCAGAGGCAUGUGGCGCGCCCGACCCCUAUCCGCUACACCCUGCCUUCCAGAGGGAUCCAGCUGAACGAUAGGACCCUUCCCAUCUCCAGCCUCAGCAGCCCUCAGGUAGCCACGAGGGAUCCUCCCCCUGUCACAAACCCUCACCACGGGAACAGGCUGUACAUGGAGAACCACCACAGGCAUCCCCGCUCUCCGUUUGUCCCUUAUCACGAGCUGCAGGUCCCAGACAUUUAUGUGAAGCACAAAGACCCUGUUUGUAGGAAGCUGUACCCGGAUGGCAUGGUGAGAAAAAAAAGGCCCCAGAGUCUCAUGGUGGAAACCCCAGAGAUAAGAAGGAGACCUGAGCCAGAAGAGCCCAUAAGGUGCUUUACAGAGCUCCGGGCCAACCACCUCAUGGAGAACCAUGUCCACAAGGUGUCCUGCAUCAACAGCCACUACCCGAGGGCCAAUGCCAACUGCAAUUCCUGCAUAAAGGCCUAUGUGGAGCCAGAGCAAGAGGAUGUCCCUCUGCUGGGGAAGGAGAAGCUCCAACGCAGGGCUUCCUUCAGCAAGGCCACAUGGGGGCAGCAUGAGAAGCUGCAGCCCCUGGAAGAGAAGGCCAGGAUGGAUGUGCCAGAUUUGUUCCCCCGAGUGGUGGUGAACCCCAAGCCCAGCCCAAAGGUGUACAGGGUGCCGGGGAGCAGUCUGUGCUACCUAGAGCCCAGCCAGGGCCAUCCAUACAGAGAGCCGAAGCUGAGGCAUUCACAGUCCACGCGACUGCCCUCAUACCGCGAGGCUGUCCUGCAGAACGCAGCAGCUCUAAGGCGCUCCUCCACUGUGGUGCACAGACACUACUCCACCUAUCUGAACUCCUACACAGACCUGCCGGUGUACGUAGGCCCGAUGGCUCAGAGUCCUGCGCAGUUCUACGAGCACUCCAAGGAGGUUUGUAACCUCUUCCCCUGCAUGGGGCCCUGUCCCGAGGAGCUCACGCUGCUGCCCAGGAGCUCCGACCGGUCAUAUUUUUAUGAGGAUGGUGGGUAUGUGGGUGGCAGAGUUCGGGGGGAUCCCCACCUUGCUGCCGCUGCGCUCAAAGACAGAGACAGGAGGCAGGUUCUAACUUCCAGAAGCGUGAACAAUCCAUAUGUGCCAAAACCCUGGAGUAGAAUAUCAAGCCUGGAAUCAGAGGUUUGAGUGAGCAGGUUACCCAAGCAUACAUUUUGGCUGCCUAGUUUUGGAUGGGUUUUCGAUGGAUAACUACCGCCCAUCUGUGCUUCUUUAUUUCUCUGCAUUUACCCAUCAAGCUUAUUAAAUAAAGAAGAUAUUCAGCCCAGGGGGAGGCUGUAACAGCUAUCAAGGGCGAUGAGAAAAUGGAAUGCUGCAGUCCACGCACAGGGAGGGACUCUUGCUAAGAUUCAUGUCAAUGCUGACCAAUGGCCAGAGACAUUUAAGGAAAGAAUAAGAAACACAAGGGUGUGGAGUAGCUAUUCAUAACUUCUUCUUUUUUUUUUUUUGAUUAAUGCACCACUCCACUGAAGGAUCUUGAACUCGGUUGCAUCAGAAUACUAUUGUUCUUUUUUUUUAAAAAAAGCAUUUUAAGAUCCUUUCCCUACUCAAUUUUCUAACUGUUCUAAUGAAAUGUCUUCCAGGAACUGCUGGGUAGGGUAGGUGGGGAGGUAGGUAGGUUUGAGUGUUGGGGGCAAGGGGGUGAGAUUGAGGUUGUGCCAAUGCUCUGGUUAGAGAAGUGUGACAAGGUGACUGGGAAUGGUUUGUUUUCAAUGUCUGUUUCCUUGAGAUUCUUCCACUAUUCAAUAAAAUAUUAGGGGGUUUUCAGGGACCAGCCAGUGUUCUUCCUGAUACUGUUCUUCCAUAGAGGGUACAAGAAAAUAUGAAAUCCUAGUUAUCUUGCAGUUGAACUUGGGAGAGAUUUGUGUGUGUAGUCACAUACUGGUGGAGCACGUGACUAAACCAUUCAUGAAUACCAGCUUCGGUGUCCCCUGCAGGUUUACAGUUUUCACUGUCUGGGAAGGUUGUUGCCUUAUUAGCUUAAAUGAGAAACUUCAGCUAAUGUGAAUGCUAUCACUACACCAAGAACACAUUAUUAAACAAAAAAAG